AUGACUGCUAGUGAGGCGGACAUCCGUGACCUACAGUCAAAUGCCCGUAAAGUACUUACUUCGACCAAAGACCCACUGGAAAAACUCAGAUGUCAAUGCUUGUUGCGUGGAGCGAAUGGUAUCUAUGGAUUUGGAAAACAAUUUCGUAUCAUGGAUGACGAUGGGAGCAAGUCUUUAUCUAAAGAAGAGUUCAAGAAGGGUUGCCAUGAUUUCGGCUGUAACUUAACUCCAGAGGAGGUUGAUGUGCUUUUCAGAAUGGUAGAUAAGGAUGGCAGUGGUACAAUAAUUUUCGACGAGUUUCUACGUGCUUUACGCCCACCAAUGUCAAAUUCACGAAUAGAUGUUGUCAGGAAGGCAUUCAAUAAAAUGGACAAAACCGGGGACGGGAAAAUUACGUUGGAUGAUCUACACAACGUGUAUCAAGUUAAAUAUGAUGCCAAAUACACGUCUGGGAGAGCGACUGAAGAUCAAGUUCUAAGAGAGUUUCUAAAAACAUUUGAAAACGAGAAGUCUGUGGAUGGUGUCGUUACCUGGGAAGAAUUUCUGAAUUACUACAGCGGUGUUAGUGCGUCGAUAGAUUCGGAUUCCUAUUUCGAACUUAUGAUGUGGAAGGCAUAUGGUUUAUAA